UACAGCAACAAACAUACAACAGUCCGUUUGACAAACCAGCUAAUAGAGAUGUCGAAUUGAGGUUUCAUUCCAGUGUUGCAUUCUUGUGUAGUGGGUGAUUCCCAGCAAUCACUAUCUCCCCCCUCUCACGCGCCUAUUAGAAAAGAAAAAAAAAAUUAGGCGCCGUUCGCAUCUUUCAAGUAUGGGCGUGUGAGCGACUCGUGAUCCUCUCAUUCAGCUCACCAAAUAAGGGACACUGUUUACCCCCCCCCCCUCCCUGCCUUCUCAUUUCUUCCCUGUUUCCAUAUAUAUGCAUGUAUUCAUCCCUCUUUCGUCACUCGAGAGAGUAAGGCAGUCUUGGCAGUCCACGAGUCACGUCUGGAGGCUUGACACGGGAAGCGACACAUGAUUUCUCUCCCCCUUUGCUUCAGUUCUGUGUAUGCGUUUUGUUUCUCUUCUUCUGUUCAUGUUUCCCCCUGCCAAAUUUAGAACAGCAAAGUGUUCGAUCAACUAAUUCUACUAUCUAUCUAUUUUGUUAUCCUAAUAACAACUGCAGACGAUCGCUAAAACAGUCAUAACAUUGCAAUGUAGUCGUGUUGUCAAUAUCAGACGAGAAACCCUUUGAGGACGACUUCACCCGCGCGCUAACGUGUAAGCGGAUUCGAUCAAAAUCAUCCUUGCGUUGUGUCUGUGUCUACGCUAGUUCUCGGUGCUUUGAUACGCAUUCAUUCUUUGGAAGCACGGACAUGUAUAUCUUGUGGUUUAUUCUGGCAAUCAUUCUGCUAAUGAGACUUCAAAACCUUGGAUGCAGAAACCAGCAGACGAUCAUCUCAUUGAUUUACCAGACCAUGAUUUAAGGACAAGUCAGUUUUUUUUAUCAGUAAAACUAUUCACUUUUUUCCCCAUUGGCUGGGAUGACGAUCACGUGAUGGACUUUUUCCACCAAUCAAAGCCUGUUAAUGGAUGAAAAGGCGCGAAGAUCCUCGAGCUUACUAAGCGAGGUCACGUGAUUGCUAUUGACGUUGUGAUCUGAACUUUCUAGACACGAGACAGUCUCCCGGGAAGGAGAUUGAUUCUUUUGAUAGAGAUCAACCGAGUGGUCAAUGCAUUGACCAUUUUCUCUAUCGUUAGAUCUCUCUUUCGACUUUGAAAUAAAAAAAAAAUAUCGUUCUCUUUUCACAAACAUUAUAUGUUAUUAUACUCAGAGACCCCAGAGUUUCCUCUUUUUUUUCAACUCCUAUUCAAUGUCCAAUCAGCAAGCAGUUGUCGCCAUCAUCAAAGAGGACCACGUUUUAUCUGAUCCUACUCUGGCGCAGUCAAGUGGGUAAGGCGAGAUGUGAGUAUAAUGACUAUACCGCAGGGCGAGAUCAGAGGGUCCCAGAGUGUCUCCGACCGCAGAAAAGUUACGUUCUCCAAUGAGAGCUCCGUCGUGAGUCAACUGGAGCCCACCUCUAAAGCCAACUCCUGUAGGGGGGAGAACCACCUCAGUGCCAACUGCCUAGCCAGCGGUGACUCGAUUUGCGAUAGCAGAAGCGAAGAGCCGCUCUCCAUUUCCGGCUUUCAGGGCGCCCGCUACACCACAGGAAAAAGCAACGCGAACGACAACUCAUUGGAAACGGAAUACGUGGAAGCAAAAGUCACAGUCGUCGCCCCAACCGAAACUAAAAGGUCUCCAUUACCACUGUUAAGAUUUUUGAGAUCGAGCGAAACCUCGUCUUCCAACAGGUCUAGAAAGCUUUCUCUGAACCUGCCAAAGUCUCUUCAAAACCACAUUUCAAUCUCCCAAGCCUCUGACAAACUGAGGCGACACUCCCAGCCUCAGAAGGCCUCUUACCAAAGAGUCCCCCAGGACGACUUGUCUCCGCCUCCUCCAGACCAGCAACACAUCUUCACCUUGCAGCAAAAAGAGACGUCCGAGAGUGAAGAGCUUGAUGCGGACAGCGGCUACGGGCAGCGCCUCUCCACCCACAGCGCCCAGGUUCACGCCACUUUCAACGACAGAGAUCUGGAGCGCAGCAUUGUGACUUCUUCUCGGGGCUCUUCUGGAUCUAAGAAGGUUUUCUUUGGGAAAAUUCGCCACCAGAGCCCGUCCAAAGCUUCCUCCUGUAAAUCUCUGGACGAUCUCUCCCUUGUUCACCACCACCACCACGGGGAAGCAUCGGGAAAUCCCAAAUCGAUUUCAGCACACAACAGCGCCUCGUCUGAAGACUUAUCUUCGGCGUCCAGGAGGAAAAGGCUGCUUCCUCAAGGAGAAAUUGGCGGAAGCAACCCGCGCCGCCACCCGCCCGAAUCUCAUACCUCCCCUGGGUCCCCCUCUCACUGCUGCUUGGUGUCAGUAUCACGAGUCCCUAUGGCUGCAGCUACAAGCCACCUUACACUGGAUUCCGAAUACCAGACGGUCCGACUAGCCGUGCUCGGCGCCCCAGGGGUGGGCAAGUCCUCCAUCGUCCGCCAGUUUGUCAUGCAGCAGUUCCUGGAGGAGUACGUCCCGACGGAACAGCGCCAAGUGUUCUGCCCCGCGGUGAUCAUUAAUGAGCAUCUCUACGAGGUCCGGAUCAUCGACUGCCCGUACAUCCCCUACUUUCCAGUGAACUCUCUCUACGAGUGGACAGACUUUCGAGGGUAUGGUUUGAGAAACGCCACUGCCUACGUCUUGGUGUACGACAUUACGUCAGAGGAGAGUUUCGAGUACAUCAAAAGUCUGAGACUUCAGAUCCUCGAGUCCAGAAACUGUCACGAUGUCCCAAUAUUUGUAGUUGGCAACAAACACGAUCUAGCAGACGAGCGAGGCGUUCCACGCCGGGAGGUCAGAGAGGUGGCCAACAUGGUGAAGAAACAGUGGAAGUGUGGUUACAUCGAAUGCUCGGCCAAGUACAACUGGCACAUCAUGCUUCUCUUCAAGGAGCUUAUGAAGACUGUGGACUACAUUGACUACGGCCACAAGCCCACUUCCAUGAGGGUCCAGGACGCCCUCAGACGUAACCGGUGCCUGAUCUUGUGACCAAACAGUACUCACGACCCUAUGCAAUAAAUGCUUUUAUUCUUUUUGUUUUUGAUGGCUGGUCGACGCCACUGGAUAAUAACUUUUUUUUUGCUGAGACUGAAAUAAAUGUCAUUGAAUUUAGAGGCGGCGCCCGAGUUUAACCUCUAACUGCUAAAUUUUAACCAAAUAACGUGUAAUAUAUGCUAAAAAAUAUGAGGACGCUAGUUAUGUUUGUUGCAGAUUUUAGGUCAUAGAGGCGUGUUUUAAUCGAGGUCUAAUGUGGUUGUUGGACAGAUCUAGUCAAUGGAGGGGGGCCCAAAAGAAUAAAAAAAGAAGGGGGGGGAGAUAAUGCAGCUAUAAUAUCCAGACCGUGUUAUCUCACAACUUGGUUUCUGACAAGCUUUUUCGCAAAAGAGGAUUCAAAACUAUUAAGCCCUCGCGGAGUUUGAGAUGAUAACACGAUGAACUUACUCCCAUCGCUUGAUCCCUCUUCUUACAACCGGUCCUUAUGAUUGUGCUAAAUUUAUUUUCCGUCGUGUUUUUAAACCUUUUAAAAAAAAAGAGCGAAGACUUUACUGUGUAUUAGUUUCUUGAUUCCAAAAUUUGACGAAAAAUAGAUUGAAACAAAAAAGUUGGCUAUUCUUAAAUGGCCUGAUUGGCUGAAAUUAGGCUCGGCCAACAGCCUAAAUUCUGAAACUUUUGUUCAAGUAGCUAAACCCUAAAGAAAGCCUGACUGGUCGUACGGUAUGCGUUCUUUACUGGUUUACACGUGUUCGGAAGUUUCUGCAGCCAUUUCCAAACGAUCUGAAGGAGUUUUGGGCAACAAAUAUACAGCACGAACAAGUCUCGUCUGAGAAAAGUAAUCACAUCAAUCCGAAUGAUACAAAAAGAACAACGGUUUGAGUGUUGGCACAAGUCUUAAAAAGUCUUGGAGCACAUGAGUCACCAUGACCGUGCCUUCUUGUAGUGGAGGCUGACCAGGCCUGAGCAAUCUGUUAUAGCACAGUGCAGGAAGGGUGAGAGUCCCGUUGGUUCUUAUUUUGGGCGGGUCUGUCACGGUGUCCCCAGUGUGGGAAACUUGUCUCAUAGCCUUUUCAACUGCCCCAGACUAGCUGACCUUCGUCUCGACUGGACUGGGAAGCCCCAAGCUUUUGACCUGCAGGGUGACAUAACAUACAUUACACACGACAGCAGGGCUUCGGCCUUUUCUAAGCGAGGAUUUCAGCCUCUGGAAACUUAACACUCAAAUGGAGUUUGAAAGGAUGAUGGUGAUAAUGAUGAUGGUGAUCAUUUUUUUUUAUUAAUUUGAUUAAACUGAAUUUGUUUUUAUUGGAGAUUUUUUUUUUAUUCUCUGAACAUACUAUAUUUGAUGAGAUUGUGUUAAAUUAGUUUCAAAUUGAAAAUGAAUAUUGUCAAAGAUGGUAGCAGUAUCUAAGUGUUUAACCUAGAAGACAAGAUGUUUAAAACUCUUCAUCUUUUGAUCUCUGUGCAUGGUUCCGGUGAAUGUUUUGAAUUUUUAAAAACUUUAAUCAGUCUGAUUUAUUUAAUACUCCAGUUUACUUAUAACUGAACUCAAUCUUCUGUGCCAAAAAUGCCAGUGUAGAAAUGUAUCGACUCGUUCUUUUUUCUUUGGGCCUACGUCGUGUCUUUAUUUGGAAUAAGAAAGAGAGUUGAAAGGUCAUGAGUACGUAAUUUGAAAAUGGCUUUUUUGAGAGUGGUUGUUUAUUGUGCUAGACUUACAACACCCUCGUCAUCUUUUGGUCACCAAACAGGCGAACAAACAAGUUACAAUCAGAUCCAUAAAGGAAGCCCCAUUGCAACUUGAACGACAUUAAGCUUUCUUGAGGGCUGGGAGAUCUUCCGUGGUACUUAAAUCUCAAUCCCAAUAGGGAUUUAGGCCCAAGACCAAUUGGUUCAGAAGCCAAGUGGUGUGAUUUAAGCUUUGUAGGCUUAGCGGUCCACCUGUUGGGUCAGUGGCUCGAGUGUUGGCUCAGUGGUUUAUGUGUUGGCUUAGUGACUUAUGCGUUGGCUCAGUGGCUCAUGUAUCAACUCAGUGUUUCAUUCGUUGGAUCAAUGUUUUUUUUUGUUGGUUCGGUGGUCCACGUUUUGGCUCAGUGGUCCAUGCAUUGACUCAGUGGUCAAAAGAUUCACGUGUCGGCUCUGUGGUCAAUGUGUUGGUUCAAAGGUCCAAGUGUUGGCUCUGUGGUCCAUGUGUCGGUUUAUGGUGUCCUUCCUUUUCAGACUAGGAACCAUUUACAUUUCGGACAGAAAAGUGCUAAAAAAUCCAGUACAACCUGCGGCCUUAUCAUGAACUGUGGAAGAAGUUUUGAGCUGCUGAAUAGCACCACUUCACGGGAUGGAUAUGGCCCGCUGGCCUUAGUUUAGGCAACACUGUGUUAACUUAUUGAUUUAUGUUAGUACGGCGAAUUUCCAGACUGAUUCUUUAGUUAUUUAGGCUUUAGAUUUGUGUGCAUCGAACUAUCUUCCGUAAUUCUGGGCAGUAUCGUCCAUUUAUGUGGUGGAUAUGGUAUCGACUAUGUAUACUGGUACCGGGUAUCUUAUACCGUUCAUGUAGGGAUACAGUAUCGUUCCUGUAUUGAGAAUCGAUUAUUUUCCAUAGUUUGAGGACCUAUAGUCGUCCAUUUGAUGAACACAGACCUUGCAUGUUUCUGCCUCUGAGAAAUAAAAAGAAAAAAAAACAAAUUCGUAGGUAUCAACAUCUUUUGAUUCUAUAUACGCGUGUUGUUAUGUUGAUUGCUAUAACAAUCUUAUUGAUCUACAUCAUGAUGUUAAUUCCAUAAAAAAAAAAUUCCUGGUAUUUUUUUUAGUUUUUAUAUUCUUGUGACUUUUCAAUGAAGCAAUAAUUGAUGAAUGCUGGUUUUAAUUUGUUUCACCCUCACUAUUGUAUGCUGAUUGUUCUUUGUGAAUUUUAGGAUCUGAUUUUGGUCUUUUUACUUAAUCUCAGUGGCGUAGCUAGGAAUAUGUCAUCAUUUGGGGGCCCGCAGGGCUUGAUCUCUUUGGGGGGCUCCUGCAUUUUGCGUAAUAUUUAAUAUUUAUUGUAAAAAAAAAACACACUCAUUUUCAAAUUCUCCCCCCUCCCCUAAUCCUAGCUACGCCUCUGCUUCAUCUAUUAAGUCCAGACUUAAUUUAGUCACAUAGUUUUAUUAUAGUUAUUGACAGCUUAUUGAUCAAGUUACUCUUUUUAAAGUGAUUUCGAAGGCGCCCUGUCCUGAUGGGACAUUUCAUUCUUAAGACUUGAGACAACGAUGGCUUGUUGUGUGUUGACUGGACAAUGAAUCUCACCCCCAGCACUCAAGUGUGGACACUUUAUCAGGUGGACUGUUGAUCGUUACUUUAAUGAAAAGCUGUUUAAAUGGAUUCCCCCUCCCCCCAAUUGUGACAUUAAUAUUAAUUUAUUUUGAUUACUCCUGUGUAAAUAUAUAUGGUUCCUUCUGUAUCGGAAGACAAUGGAUGCGCCCAGAUGAGUCACUGGCUUUGGUUUCGUCUUGAGAUGGGGCAGAAUCUGGAGUGACUGAUCAAGCCAAUUCUGGAGCAGCAGAGUUAGCCACAGUUCGUGCAUGUAGAUUCAUCUGUCCUAGGGCUAGCUGACUGGGCAGCUUUCUUUCUCUUUCUCUUGCCUGACGCAGGAGUAAGUGUGCUAAAUGAAUGCCAAAUCUUCCUGACGCUGACAGAAGAGGUAAUCAUCGGGGGGUUGGCUUGACGUCAUUUUCUAAAUCUUUCUUUUAGAAGUUUCUUAAGUGGUCUCUGCUGUUCCUCAAUAUUUCCAGUGAAUGUUUUCGAUUGACACAAGUCAAACUCCAGGCCCAAACUCAUUUCAACAUUCCUUCUUUUUUGUACAUGCCAAAGAUGAAGUCUUGAUUAAUUAAUCCACUUUUUUUUAUUUGAUGCAAAUAUCUCAAGCUAAUUAAACGUCUUGAGAUAAUUAUUAAAAUGUAACAGCUUUUCCACUUAAUUAAAUCUUUAUUCUUUUGUACACAACUCAAAAACUCUUGAGAGAGAAUUUUUGCUUUAAUUUUGCUUUUCUUUGAUUUUUUAAGUACACAUGAAUCCAGUUUUUUGUUUCUUCAUUGUAAACCAGGAUUUAGAGAGUUGCUCAGGAAAUUCCACAAACAUGACAAUCUGGUUCAAAAAAUAUUAAUCUUAUAUUUACAUAGAUCUUUUUCUUAUUAAAGUAGUUAAUUCAAAACAUGUAAUUUAAUGCAAGCCAAAAAAAAUAUAUUCUCGUUUUUUUUAAAAUUUGCUUUUAAAAAAUUAACUUGACUUUAAAAAUGUUUAAUUUUAAUCAACAUUGAGCAUUGGUUCCAUUUCUGAACUGAUUGCUUUAGAAAUUAAUUCCAGAAUUUUUUAAAAAAUUCAUAUAUUUUUUUUUCAGCUGCAUUUAUAAUAAAUCCAAUAAAUUUUAACUUUUUUUAGCAAAUCGAAAUGAAAAAUGACCAUUGCUUUUAUGUCUUUUUUACUUUUCCAUUUUCUAGUUUUCUUGUUUUUUUGUUGUUUUUUUUUAAAUUUUGAAAAAAAUGAUGUUGCUAUUUUACAUGAAUACCUUAUAUCACUGAACUAACAAAUACAUGAAUUCUAUUACCAUUAUUAAUGCUAAGAUUUACUGUAUGUAGUUAUAUUGUGGCUUGUUUUGUAGAACCUACACAGCACAUAACUUGCUGGUGGUGAGCUAUGGGCAUCAUACUAGUCCUGACAGUCCCAGGUUUGGACCCCUCCUUCAUCUCUCAACCAUCCAUCUGCUAGUCUGGGCUGGAACAUUCCUAAAGAGUGUCUGGAAACCUACAAGCCAGGAAUGUCAUAUGUUCGAUUUAGGUCAAUCAAUGAAAAAAAAAAAGGUUUAAAAAAUAACUUUAAAAAAAAUCUUAUGCAAGGGAAAGAACUGGACAUUGACAGCCAUAUAUCUCAAUACUGUAAGAUUUAUUUUUCCGUGUCUACACAAAACAAAAUUAAUUAUUACCAAAAGUAAAUUAAUUAAAACUUUUAUUUCUAUUACAAUAUCUCUAUACAAUUCACUCCUUCAUGGAACCUGGGUAGAAGGAUGGACAGCUGAUCUCAAAAACGGCUCUAACGAUUUCCCUACAAAUGUAACAGUUGAUGUAUGUCGCUGAGAAAAAAAAUACUAGCUCGUUGGCCACAAAAACUAUAGUUCGACAGUAUUAAUUUUCAAAGUAAAAAAAUAUAUAUAAAUUUGGCUGGAGACUAUAUUUAGGUCUAGUGCCAACAUGGCGUAGUUAGCCGUAUUACUUUAAUUAUGCCAUAACAGUAAUUCAAUUUUAUUGAAGUUUAGAAGCCAUCUGUAUACGUGGAUCAAAGUCAAUUGUGUCUGGUUAAUCAGCCUUGUAAAGUAAUUGCCUAAUUUCCUAGUUUAGUUAGUACUGAUGAUUGACCUAUUACUUCUGGGGGAGGGGGGCAGUUAAAACCAGCGACGACCUCCAGGGAUCCCGCUCUUGAUAGAGGCCCCGUGCUUACUGAAUAUAUUUACACCAAGAUUUAUGUCUAAAUCGACCACCUGCGGACAAUGGUUAUGCUUGCCCUGGAUGUGGCAAAAUAUGCAGGUCACAGCUGGGGCUGCGCAGCCACGGGAAAUACUGUAUUCCUCAUUAAUCUUCGGACUCGAAGACAAGCCCUAUCAUUAUUAUUAUGUCGAAUACAAAACUCUUUUUAAUUUAAGGCGUCGCACCUAUUUACUUUCUCCUACCAUCAUUUCUCAAUGAUAAUUGUACUCGCCUCAUUGUAUUGUAGCUAGUGCCGUCUUGUUUGGCAGCAUGUUCUUAGCGUGAUGAUUUGAACUGAAUAAAUACUCCAGGCUUCUCCAAUUAUUUCCAGAACAGACACUCGUCAAAGAGACAUAGAAAUGUUCUUGUAUAUUAAUGGUCGAUAAAGUCGUUUAUCGAGAACGUUGUCACCGCGUUUUGGUUUGAUAUUAGCUUACUUUUUUUCUUAACUACUACGAAGUGGGUAGAUCUAAUCGGUACCUGACAUAAGUUGGAAGAAAAGUAAAAGGCGGUUAGUCGUUGUGCUGGCCACAUGACACCCUCUUUGACAGUGGGCCACAGAAACAGAUGACCUUUACAUCAUCUGCCCUAUAGAUCGUAAGGUCUGACAGGGGAACUUUACGAAGUGGGUAAGUGGUAUUUAAAGUGUGAACAAUUUCAUUUUCUUAUGAAUUAACUAAUGUUCCUUUGAUUAAAAAACACUUUGAACGUUCCGAGCAUGGCCAUUCCGAACUUAGAGUCAAUUCUUCUAUUUAAUAACUUUUAAGAUUAUCAUCGUAAGUUUCUGAUACAGUCAGAACAAUUUCCAAAUCAUUUCUGUAAAUACAAUUCUGGCCUAGUUCCAGAACUAGACUGAAGGUCAACCUAAGACGUGAGAACAGAUCAAUAUGAACCUAAAGUAAUGUUUGAUGGUUUACUAGUGAUCUCAACAUCAUCCAUCUAGGACUCUAUGUCCUUUUCUCUUACGUUGAGAUGUUUUAUGAUUAUCAUUAUAGUUUUGUUUCCAAAUUAAUGUUUUUAUUAUAUGAAAUAUACGUUGUUGUUUUUUUUUUGGUUGUAAAUAUUUGUUUACUCGAUAAACUGUAAUCCAUAUGUCAAGAAAAUAGUUUUUGGAGAUAAAAGUACCAUAGUACAUAAAAGUACUGUUGGUAUGAAUUUGGCACUUCUGUACAUAUAAAUAUAUAUGGGAUUGAUUUAGGACAAUAAAGUAGUCAUCUAAAUUUUUUUUGGGGUUAAAAUCUGAAGUAUAAUUGGCUUACUAUGUGAGUGUGUGUAAAUGUGUGUGUUUGUGUUUCUUCUUUUCUUUAUUUUUUAAAUUUAAGUUGUCUGAAAUUUGAGUUCGAGUACUGGUGUAUAUGUAUGUGAACAAAGGACGCGGUGGCUGAGUGGUUAAGCCUUUGGUUUCCAGAUCUGGGGUUCUGUGUUCGAAUUUCGGUGAGGACUAGGAUUUUAAAUUUCGGGAUUCUUAGGGCUCCCCUGGGUCCACCCAGCUCUAAUGAGUACUUGACUUUAGUUGGGAAAAAUAAAAGUACUUAGUUGUUGUGCCUGCCACAUAACUCUCUGCGUGUUAACCGUUGGCCAAAGAAACAGAUGACCUUUGCAUCAUCUGCUCUAUUGAUCUCAAGGUCUGAACCUGGAGUCCUGGACUCUAAUAUCGGUGAAGACUGGGAUUUUGAAUUUCGGGAUUUUAAGGCGGUUUGUCAUUGUGCUGGCCACGUGACAGCCUGCUCGUUGAGCAUUGGCCAAAGAAACAGACGACAUUAUCAUCUUCCCUAUAGAUCGCUAAGUCUGAAAGGGGAAAUUUGUUUUUCUUUAACUAUAUGUGAAUAUAUGUGAGUAUGUGUGUGUUUCCAACUUACAUGCAUGCAUCAAAAGCGAAUGAUGGCUAUUUAUGUAUGCAAAUAUUUCAUGUACAUGUGCUAAAGAUGUAUAAAUAUUGGGGUUUGUGAUUUUUAAAAUAUUUUUUUGUUGAGUAAAUUUCCUAGUCGAUGGGUUUUUAUUUCUUCUCUUUCAGGUUGCAUUUCUUUGUUAUAUUUAUUUGUUUGUAUCAGAUUCUACAUUGCAAUAACAAUAACACGAAAAUGGUGAAAAUCGAUGGAAGUAUGUGAGUGAUGCCCCAUCAAAACAAAUCAAUGUACCAUGGAAUA